AGCGAAGGGGCGUCAGGCCCGCUUCCCGCAGUUGCCAGGCUGUGGCGGCCCUGGCCGCGGGAUGGUGUAGCCCAGCUGCGGGAGGGGUGGACUCACGCCCGCGGCAGAGCUCAGUCGCUGUGGCCUCAAAGUGAGGGGGCGUCGCCGCCCGCCGGGGGUCCCUGAGGCCGCCAUGGCGUCUCGCGGGGUGCUGGACGAGUUCACCGCUCCGGCUGCGAAGGCAGCGCUGCUGGAGCGGAGCCGCGGCCGGAUCGAGGGCCUUUUCGGGGUGAGCCUGGCUGUGCUGGGCGCGCUGGGCGCCGAGGAGCCGCUGCCCGCGCGCAUCUGGCUGCAGCUGCGGGGCUCACGGGGGGCGGUGCACAGCGCCAAGGAGUACAUCAAAGGUAUCUGUGAACCAGAACUGGAGGAAAGAGAGUGUUACCCUAAGGCCAUGCACUGCAUUUUUGUUGGGGCUCAGAGCCUGUUUCUGAAGAGCUUGAUCCAGGACACUUGUGCAGACCUCUGCAUCCUGGAUAUCGGUCUUCUCGGCAUCAGAGGAAGCGCAGAGGCUGUGGUCAUGGCCAGAAGUCACAUCCAGCAGUUUGUGAAGCUCUUUGAGAGCAACGAGAACCUGCCCAGCAGUCAGAAAGAUUCUGAGGUGAAAAGGGAAUUCAAGCAGUUUGUUGAAGCUCGAGCAGACAGUUACACAAUGGAUUUGUUGAUUUUGCCCACUUCCUUGAAAAAAGAGCUUUUGACUCUCACCCAAGGUGAGAAGAAUCCCUUUGAAACUGGAGAGGAUGAGAUUGUUGAAAUCAGAGAUGCCCUGCAAACAGAGUUUGCACAGAAUGCUGCUGCAGGACCGGGUAUUUCUAGAGAUGAAACUGUGUUGCAGGAAGAUGCGAGAAAUAAAGCCGGGACUCCUGUUUCUGAGCUUACAAAACAAAUGGACGCGGUCUUUUCUAGUUCACCAAAUGUGGUUUUUGUGCAGCCAGUAAAUGGUCUAAACCCUGACGAGACCCUUUCCAAAGAGAGAGUUUGUUACAAAAGGAGAUUUUCUGAUUCGGAGGAAAGGCAUACCAAGAAGCAAUUUUCUUUAGAAAAUGUUCAAGAGGAAGAGCUUUUACAUGAUGAUAAGACAGCUGGAAAUGUAAUCAUUGACCUCUCUGACCCUUCUGCUGAUUCUGAAAAUUUAAGUCUGGAUGUGAAAGACACUACCGAGGAGAUGGAAUACAACAUCCUUGUAAACUUUUUUAAAACCAUGGGCUAUUCCCAAGAAAUUGUCGAAAAGGUCAUUAGGGAGUAUGGACCUACUACUGAGCCAUUAUUGCUCUUGGAAGAAAUUGAAAAGGAAAAUAAAAGAUUGCAAGAAGACAAAGAAUUUUCACCCGGUACUAUGUAUGCAGACAGCAGUAAAACCAAAAGUAAAAGUAUUUGUGGCAGCAAAAAUGAACUUACAACAGAUUCUACUCCAAAGAAAACACAGGUCUACACACAGCAAAAUACAAUAGGGAAGUUUUCUCAGUUACCAUUCAGAGUAGAAGCUAAACCAUGUACCUCAAAUUGCAAAAUUAGUACUUUCAGAACAGUGCCAACGGAACAGAAACAUGAAAUCCGGGGUUCGAACCAGAGCUAUGUUUGUAAUGCAGACCUUGAAACUGAUGGCCUUUCACCCUCUGUUGCCCCACCAAGUCCCAAAGAUACCAAUUUUGUUUCAAGGGGAGCUUCAAGUCACCAGCCUAGAAUCCCAGUUUUUCAUGAAAAUGGUUUACAGCAGCAAGCAGAAACCUUGCUUCCAAAUAAUAUGAAAGCUGCAUGUGAAAAACCUUUGGGAUGUUGUGGCCCUCCUCAGUCUAAGCCGAACUGUCCACCCCUUUCACCAGCAAAGCCGCUACCCUCCCUGCCCCCUUCAGUUACUGAGGCAAAGUUGUCAGGACCUUCCGAUCAUAUUGAUUCCUCAGUUACCGGGGUGCAAAGGUUUCGAGAUACUCUAAAAGUACCCUACAAGCUGGAAUUAAAAAACGAGCCAGGAAGAGCGGAUUUGAAGCAUAUUGUUAUAGACGGGAGCAAUGUUGCCAUUACCCAUGGCCUGAAAAAGUUCUUUUCUUGUCGUGGAAUUGCAAUUGCAGUUGAGUAUUUUUGGAAGCUUGGCAACAGAAACAUCACUGUAUUUGUCCCUCAGUGGAGAACAAGACGUGACCCCAAUGUCACAGAACAGCACUUCCUAACCCAGCUCCAGGAGCUUGGAAUAUUAUCUCUAACUCCUGCCCGGAUGGUCUUUGGAGAAAGAAUUGCUUCUCAUGAUGACAGGUUUCUGCUACAUUUAGCAGACAAAACUGGUGGCAUAAUUGUAACAAAUGACAACUUCAGAGAAUUUGUGACUGAGUCAGUCUCUUGGCGAGAAAUUAUUACAAAAAGAUUGCUUCAGUACACCUUUGUGGGGGACAUAUUUAUGGUUCCUGAUGACCCUCUGGGAAGAAGUGGACCUCGAUUAGAAGAAUUUCUUCAGAAGGAAGUCUCUCUUAGAGACAUGCAGCCCCUGCUUGGUGCCCUGCCAAAUGUGGGCAUGUUUGACCCCGGCUCCAGGGUCCCUGCCACCCAGCCAGCCAGCACCAGCCACCAGCCUCCAGCCCGGACCCAAGGAGCGCCCCCAGGCCAUUGGCUCCCUCAGCAGCCCCGCUUCCCGCUCCUGCCCCUGCCUGCACAGAGGUCUCCUUCAGAAACCAGCGAGCUCAGGGAGGCCCUGCUGAAGAUCUUCCCUGACUCCGAGCAGAGGCUGAAAAUUGAUCAGAUCUUGGUGGCCCAUCCAUACAUGAAAGACCUGAACGCGCUCUCCGCCAUGGUGUUGGAUUGAGGCUGCUGAGCUCCGGCCGACUUAUCGCAGAGCUGAGGGGUUGUACACGAUGGAAAGUUCUGAUAGGAAGGAAUUUCCCCGUGUAGACAUCUUUGUAUAGAGAAAAGAAAGAUAUGUAUAAAAAAAAACCCUGAAUUUUCAAAACCAGCUUUUUUCUAUAUAUAAAUUAUGCUGCUAUUACAGAUUUAACAUUUUCUGUAAGAGAAUAGUAUACAUUUUCUGCCUGUUCAAAACUGUUUAAUAGCAGUUAUUCUUUAGCGUAUUUACAUUUUUAUGUUUUUUAAAACUAUUUUCCUUGAAGUGGAUAUUGAAAAAUGGAUAUGGUUAGCCUUUCUAAAUAAAAGAGUUGCUUUCUUAAGGAAAGCAGUAGCUCUUAAAGUAUAUUUUCUUGAGGUGAAUAUAUCCUGUCCACUAACAUGAAGUGUGCUCCCCUGCCUAGUUCCCCUGGAUUGGGGUUGGUUUGCUCCUGUGGGAUCUUUUGUUGGAGCCAUUUGUGAGAGUGGACAAGUAGUGCCACUAGGUGGCACUUUGUGCCUAGCCAUUGUUAAUGACCAGGGCCAAGUUAGAUUAUCAGGGCUAGAAGUCUCCCAGCUCAUGUAGUCCCUCUCCUUCCCUUUCCACCCCACGGGAGAGGAGCUGAGGCCCCGUAUGCCCCUGCCUAGGUGUGCCCAGGGCUGCAGCGCGAGCAGCCAGCCAGGCAGGGCUGUACUUCUUGCUCAGUGCUUCUCACAGGUUGGGGCCUCCACACACCUGCCUAAAAGUCCCAUCUUUGCCUCAGAAGACUGAAGCAUGGUGUGAGGAAUUUAGCAUAAAUCCCCGACCAUGGGGAAAUGCCUCAAGGUAGAGUUUGUACAGCUUUGCCAAAAAACUUUUCUAUUCCCAAGAUGACCCAAGCCAAUAAAUAGCAUUAGCAGCUUCCAUGGGGGCCCCAGUGACCUCUUUUUAUUUUCUCGUGUUUGUCCCGUCAGUGUCAUAAGCAGCUCUUCCCGAGUUUUUUGCACAACUAAUUCUGUUAGUGGUAUCUGUUUGCGGUGUUACUCCAGUUGUGUCAGUGAGGUUUUUUUCCUGGUGAUUCCUGACAUCCAUACUCUCACCUGGGCCUUCAAAGGGCUUUCUGCUUCUAUACCUAUGCUCUCCCAGGGCUGCUCACAGUGAUCUGGUGUCUGCCCUGUGGAUCAUGUCUCUCCUGGCCCUGAGGAGUAGCAGAUGAGAGCUUGGUGCUGGUAUGUCCUUCGUGGUGUAGGGCCUGGGUGGCAUUCCAGAGUGCUCCCAGGGCAUGUCCUGUUGGUUCUGUUUGACCCCUGCAUCCCUAGGAAGAUGAAUCAGAGCCCUCCGUGUGGCCAGACUUGUGUUUCAGUCAUGUUUUCUUCAGGUGCCUCGUUGUACAUCCUAAAGUGGAAGUAGUUAUCUGCUGUUGCUUCUGGCUAGGCUACCAGCAUGGCUGGCUGUGGAAGUCAAGGCAGAGAUUGGAGGCCAGGGAAGUGACUUGAGUCACAGCUGCUGUCUUAGGAUGUGUCUGACUUCCUGGCUCAGGGCUCAGCCCAGGAGACAGACCCACCAGAUUGCCCAGGUUGUACCUUCUCCAGUGCCAGCUGGAGCCACCAGGCAGAGGGCUCGUAGGUCUUCUAGGCUCUGGAAGCAGUUUGAACUUGACCUGAGUUCUGUGAGCUUUGUGUUCUUAGUAUUGUUCUGAGAUCUGCCUGUCGCUCCCCCUUUUUGGACAUGGGAGGAAGAGUAAGUGGGAAGAGUACAGAGAAGCAUUAAUUACUUUAUAAAUUACAGUGUGAAGCAUAAUUCACAGUUCUUUCUGAAAUCCAUCAUGUUUACUUUAAUAUUUAAAAACCCAGUUAUCAAACCAUUGAAGAUGACUCACAACCUGUUCUCAGCCAUGCUGCUGCUGGUAAGCAUUGGAGAUGGUCCUACCUCCAAUCCCCCAUGCUCCUGGCCUAUGUAGCCCCUGCCGCCUCCUGCCUCCUCUGUGCCACGUGGCUCUGCCUCCUGUGUUGACACAUUUGUGUGAGGGGCUUUAGGGGCAGAAGGUUUCUUUGUCCUGAGGCCCCAGGCCGCCAUCUCCAGGAGUAAAAAGGACCUAUUUGGUCUGUUGGAGUCCCUGUUAGAGACCCAGUAGGCCAGCAGCCAGGAGAGCAGAGCAGCGGGCAUUGUUGCCCUCCUGGCCGAUGGUUGGCAUGGUCAGGCAGCCUUUCUGUGUUGCCCGGGAUGGAGUCAGAUACGUGGGCUUGCUGUGUGCAUGGAGAGCCAGACUCUCCACACUGCCCUCGGCCCUUCCUGCCACACAGGCGGUGGCUCCCUGUAGACCUCAGCUGCCCGACUCCGCCUCUCAUCAGUGCUUCCGGUCCUCCUUCCAGGGUGCCUGAGCCCCUCUCCUUACAUCUCCUAAUUGUAAUUUAUUUAUUUAUCAGUAACUGCCCACCUCCAUUUCUGCAUGAUCUACCUCUCCAUUACCCCCUACUUAUUUCUGAUUUUUUUUUUAACAGUACAGGGGGUUGAACCUAGGGCCUACACACUGAGCUACAUCCCCAACCCUUUAAAAAAAUUUUUUAAAAUAAUUUUGAGACAAAUUCUCACUAAGUUGCCAAGUUACCCAAGCUAGGCUCAAAUGUGAGCUCCUACUGCUUCAGCUUCCCAGAGUGCUAGGAUUACAGAUAUGCCUAGGAAAAGUCACCAGGGAUUACUUGAUUACUAACUUUUCUCAGUCCUUAAUAUUAGUGUACACAGUAGGCAAUGACAGCAUUGGACUCCAUUGACCUUAUUUUCCCCAUUUUUUUCCCCUUCUAGAAUUUCUUCACUCCUUUUCCUCUUUUUACCUAAAGGCCAGUCCUUAACACCCUCUCUUUCUCAGUAGUUGGUUCUCAAACUAUGGGCCACCUGUGGAAAUCAGGAUGGAGAUGGCAACUCUUGUUGAAGAUGCAGAUUAUUGGGUUCUCCACAGAGGUGUGGACUCAGAAGCUUGGGGGGAAGCCCUUUAGCACAUACCCAUCCUGGUGGCCCUGGACCACACUUUGAGAAAUGGUGGCCACCACUCUUCCCUGACCAACUGCUGUCUUUUAUUUGCAGUGUCCUCUUGUCCAGUCAUAGCCCAGUGGAACCCAUGAAUUCCCCAGUCCCUUGGCCAGCUCUGCACCCCUCCCUCCCCACUCCAUGCACCCCACAUCCUGUCACCCUGUGUUCGAGCACCGGCCCACCCCUGCACUCUCCCACAGCGCUCAGGUGGGUCUUCCAGAAACCCCACUUCUCCCAUGAUCUUCACUGGCUCCUGUUCACACUCUAGCCUUGUGUCCCUGGCUGUCCACCUCCUUGAGUACCACUGUGUACCCCCUCCCCAGAUGCCCACUGAGCCACACAGCUUUCCUCUGUCACCUCCUCUUCCCUUCUCAGAGCCCCAGCCCAGUCCCCUCUGUGCCCCUACCUAGUGCUGACCAGAAGCAGCUUCGUGGUAUUGUGUGGCCCCGUGGCACUUUGUCUCGCUUCCUGCGCUUGCUGCGUGGCAGUGUCACUGCAGCUAAUCUGUGUUGUUUUACCUCCCUCUAGACUGUGAGCUCCUCUCGGGCAGGGACCGUCUGUGUCACUCUAUUUCCCAUGCACCUAGCACAGUGCCUUGCACUUGACAGGUGCUCAAUAAAUGUUUGCUCAAGUGAACUGGA